AUGGUGAUGAAGGGUAGUGCUGUGUGCCUUGUGGCACUGGCCUUGCUUGGCAGCUUAUGUGAUGCUCAGUGGGGAGAAGCUGUUCACAAGCCCUCAAAACCUCAAUACCCGAAGCCAGCACCACCUGUGAGACAGGAGCCCAGCAAACAGUUGCCUCAAGAGCCCCAACAGUCAAAGCAGGCAUUUGAGAAACCUCUCACGUGGACAUACCCUGAGGACCCCAAGCCUGAGCCCCAGCCUGAGGUGCCUUUUGAGCUGAGGCAUCCUGUUCCUGCUGCAACUGUUGCUGUUGAGUGCAGAGAGAAGGAUGCUCAUGUGGAAGUCAAGAAGGACUUGUUUGGAAUUGGUCAGUUCAUCAAUCCUGCUGACCUUACCCUGGGAGCCUGCGGCGCUAUUGCAGAGGACACUGCUGCUCAAGUUUUGAUUUUUGAAGCUGAACUUCAUGAUUGUGGCAGCACAUUAGCAAUGACAGAAGAUGCUCUCAUCUACACCUUCACUCUGAACUAUAAUCCCCAACCUCUGGGUGGUGCUCCUGUGGUGAGGACUAGCAAAGCUGCUGUAAUUGUCGAAUGCCACUACCCAAGGAAGCACAAUGUGAGCAGCCUUCCUCUUGACCCACUCUGGAUCCCAUUCUCUGCGGUAAAGGUGGCAGAGGAGUUCUUGUACUUCACCUUGAAACUCAUGACUGAUGACUGGCAAUAUGAGAGGCCAAGCUACCAGUAUUUCCUGGGAGACAUCAUCAAUAUUGAGGCUAUCGUCAAGCAGUACUUCCACGUACCCCUCCGUGUUUAUGUGGACAACUGUGUAGCUACUCUUUCACCUGAAGUGUCCUCCAGCCCGAGAUAUGCUUUCAUUGAGAACCAUGGGUGUUUGGUUGAUGCCAGGAUCACAGGCUCUGCCUCAAAGUUUAUGCCUCGCAGUGCAGAGAACAAGCUUCAGUUCCAGUUGGAGGCCUUCAGGUUCCAGGGUGCUGACAGUGGACUGCUCUACAUUACCUGCCACUUGAAAGCAACAUCUGCUGCCUAUGCCAUCGAUAGUGAACAUAGAGCUUGUUCUUACAUCAGUGGUUGGAAGGAGGCCAGUGGCGCUGAUGCAGCUUGUGGCUCAUGUGAGUCUGGUGGAUUCAGCUCCUCUAGCACUUCAACUGGUGUAAUUGCGGCUGCUGCAUCAACUUCUUCCUGGGGAACUGCUGGUGGAUCAGCCACUCUGUCUACUCCUGGAAGGAAAAUUCGUGAUGUGACACAAACUGAAAUUUUCGAAUGGGAAGGUCAUGUCACCCUGGGUCCCAUCCCCAUAGAAGAGAAGUUGAUUGCUUAACUCAGUUCCCUGCCAUGGCAAUGGACAUCAAAAUAAA